AGAAAAUUUAUUAAAUUGAGAGCAAAGGAGACGACAAAACGGAUGAUUCAACGAAACCUUGAGAUCAGUGAAAACACCUAUUAUGAGUGGUGCAAAAUCGAUGACCAGGAACUGCCGUUCAUUACUGUCCCAAGAAGUGGAGGCCGAGAUAAGAUCACAGAUCCAGAAAACGACCAAUCACUCAGUGACGCCGCAAUGGCCAACAACUGGGCUAAUCUGAAUGAAUUGAGACAACUGCCGGAAAUUCAAGGCAAUGCAAACAUUGCAGCUGCAAGUGGGCGUACCCUUAGAAGGCGAUUGAGUGAUCAGGACAUCGUGUUGCAGCCAUCAAAGAACGGCUGCGAGAUUUCCAUAAGGAAAGACGACUCAUUUAUGCCGAACAGUUUGUUAACUGGACACUUGUGGACUGGUCUCGUGUCAUAUUCAUUGAUGAGUUUGGGAUCUCUACUGGAGAAAGCGGUCGUGUUUGGGUUUGGCGUACGCGAGGCACUCGAUAUGAUGAGCGAAACAUCCGAUUAA